ACAUACAGACAUGCUUCACUGAGGCAGCAGCUGAUGCUCUUGUUUGAUGAUCGUAGUCACAUGUGGCGUCCAGCCGGUGGCAGUAACAUGCAGCAGUAACUGAUCGACUCAGCAGUGCAUUACAUUUGUCCAGCAGUAUGUUGAGGCAUUGGGGGUUUGCUGUGUUCCUGUUAACCGUCCCGAUCCCGGUCCAACCCAGACCCACUAAUGCUCUCAGCUACAGACAGCGGCGCUCAGUAGGACACGCACAGAUGAUGCAUGACAGGGGUCGAUCCCUGCAUGACCGGAAGAGGCGUACGUUUAUCCAGGAUCUGCUUGAGCAGGUGCACACGGCUCAGGUGUGGGACUCCCCCGGUCAGAGCCAGAGAAGUGUCCAGACCCCACCGCGGUCCAAACCCAUGGGCAGCUCCAAAAACUUCCCCUUGAGCUUUCAAAUGGAGACUAUAGGGACGAGAGACGACCUGCCGCAGGAGACCAGCAAGACCCUGAGAUACCAGGAGCAGCCACUGAAGGCUGUGACCAAGAGGAAGAGGAAGAUGAGUUUGGGGAGAUGGAGGAGGGACAGGGGGGUGUGGCUUCCAUAUGCAAAUUAGAGACCCAUAAAAGAGGCUGGAUAAGAAUGAAGGCUCGAUUGGAAGCACAGCGACUAAAUCUGGACGAACAGAGAAGGCUUUGUGAUAAGAUGAUUUGCUGCCUGAUACAGUUAGAGCUGAGACUUCAUCACUGCUAUUGGUGGAUGCACCUUUAAAAUGUAAAGUUCAAAAAGACUAUUUCACCGUGGCAUGGGAUAUGCAAAAAUAGUGACUAAGUCACGUUUUUUUUUUUUGUUCAAAAUAAACUUUCUAAUCAGUUCUCUAUUCUAGAGCUUCAUUUGAUGAGUAGAAAGCGCUUCACAUACAGACUAAGUGUAUUUGUUACAUUCAGAGUUCCCUGUAUUAAAUGUAGUCAUUCAGUAAGACAUUUCAUGAAAUAUUUAAUUUAUUUGAUUGGAAUAUUUAUUCCCUGAAUGUAUCUCAAUGCUGCUGAUUUUG